CGGCUGCAGGCGGAGCUUCUGGAGCGAGGCCUCGCCCGCCACAAGUUCGUGCGGGCGCCCCCCGAGUACUACGACCGCCCCCUGGAGUUCAGGCGGGGCGUGGUGGGGGCCGCCAGCGUGCACCACCUGUGCAAGAGCAUCGUGAUGGAGAACACGCGGGCGCACCCCUCGGGCGGGCGGCUGCCGGGCGCUGGGGGGGCGGCGGUGCGGCGCCUGACCGACUGCUCCGACCCCAACAACUCCAAGUACUACCUGGUGGUGAUACAGUACACAGCCCGGCUGAAUGCGGAGAAGCUGAAGCACCACAUCUACAAGCUCAGCGGCGGCCGGGUGGCCAAGAAGUGGUACAACAUGCGGCUGGCACCCGAGGCGGCAUCGGAUGAGCUAACCGGCUUCGAGCACAACGGCGUGUCGCCCAUCGCCAUACGCACCCGCAUGCCCAUCAUCAUGAUUGCGGAGCUGCGGCCCGACACUUUCUUCCUGGGGGCAGGGGAGGUGGACCUCAAGGUGAGCACCUAG